AGCCUUGGGCAAACUAGGAAACAUUGUUUCGGAAACAUUGUUUCCCGCCAAUGUUUCUCAAUGUUUCCCAGGGUGGGCAAACACUGGGAAACAUCAGUGAGAAACAAUAUAUAGCGCUCAGAGGAAAUCAGUCCUAUGAAGCAAUUAUUUUUUUAAAACCAAAACUAAUUUGCAUUACCAACAUCCCAUAAACAGUUUCUUGCUUCGUACAAACUUAUCAGUUUCUCUGUUUCAGUAUCUUUCCACACUCGUUCGCUUUUACCCCUUUUAUUAUUGCUUUGUUCGUCUACAACAACUGCUAUUGUGCUUUCAGCCAUUUUUUGUGUUGUUUCACUUGUUUGUUAUGCGCAAAGAGUAAAUAUAUAUCUACUCUUUGUUAUGCGCAUGCUCUAAUUGGUAAAAAGUGCGGAAACAUAUGGGCAAACAUGGAAACAAUGUUUCCGCAACCAAAAUCACACUUGGGAAACAUAUAAUGUUUCUGAAUUUGAUAGGAAACAUUUUUGCUUCCUCGGAAGCAAAUUUUGCUUCCGCAACAAUGUUUCCCAGGGUGGGCAAACAGGGAAACAUAUGAGGAAACAUUGCGAAACAUAAAUGUUUCCGCAACAAUGUUUCCUAGUUUGCCCAGGGCUUAACACUACCCUCUGUAAAAACAUAAUUAUAAUAUGAAUAUAUCUUCAUUAAUAUUUUGCAACAUUUCGCCGAACAUUUCGAUACGAUAAUUUAAUUGUUACAAACUGAGUUUAUGUUCUAAAAUUAUACGCAAAUAUUUUCAUAAUGUCUACGAAAGAAAGUCAUGAACGUGUAAAGGCUAUUAACGCUCAAACGACUGAAGAAGAAUUGAUCCAGAUUUAUUCAUCAUGGAGCGAAACGUAUGACCAGGAAGUAAAGAGUGAUUUGGGCUAUGUUGCACCAAGGCUUGCUGCAGAGAAACUCUCUGAGAAUCUUAAAAAGAAAGGACAUUCAAACAAUGUCAAUAUCAUUGAUGUUGGCUGUGGCACUGGCUUAGUUUGUGAGGAAUUGCACAAACUUGGAUACAAGAAUAUUGAUGGAGUUGACUUCAGUCCAGAGUUGUUGAAACUUGCCGAAGGUAAGGGCGUUUAUAGGAUGUUGAAGCGUGGUUUCAUGGCUUCUGAUGGGUGCAAGAAUCUUGGCAUAGAGGCAAACCAAUAUGAUGCUGCCAUUUGCAUUGGUGUCUUUACGGUUGGUCAUGUGAAAGGCAAAGGGUUUGAUGAUCUUGUUCAUGUGGUCAAACCUGGUGGUCUGGCGUGUUUCACCAUCAGAAAAUGCAUAGCUGAUGAUCCCGAAUAUGGAUAUGAUGAAAAAAUGGAUGAGCUUAUCAAGUUGAAAAAAUGGAGUCUGGUUUCAAAGUGUCAAAUUGUGUACCAUGAGGUUAACAACUACAAAUGUUGGUUGUACAUUUAUGAAAUUCUAUGAAAUAUCAUAAAAGUAAAACUUU